CGCGACCCCUGGGGAGGAGUGAGCGGUGCCCAGCUUUGCGCCCAGAACCCCAGGAAUGUCUCCAGCCGCCCCCCCACACACACAGCCCAGACUUCGCUAGAGGAGCGGACCCCCCAACCAUUUCCUUGCAUCGGGGAGGUAGUGAGGGAGCGAGGGCUGCAUCUGAGGCCCGGGGAGGAAAGCUCCCUACUCCCCUUGGGACCCCGAAUCCUCCACUGUCGGGCUUCACGUUCCUGGACCCCACAACCGCUGUCAGACUUGCUCCUUCCUCACACAGGAGGGGAGGACCCAGUGGCCCAUCCCGUACCCCAAAUCUUUAGCCACACAGUGAGAAAACCCCAAACCCUACGGGCUUGGAGAAUCUGUGCACACUCUCCAGAAAUCACUUAAAGUUCUCUGUCACUCCCCCCCCCAAGCCCUCAGACUUUGCAACUCCACCCAAAACCUAACCCUUGAUUGGCUUCCUCCAAAGGCCCCUGCCAUGGGUGGGUGGGUGGAUGUCUUCCUCAGACACAGCUUCCUGCUCCUGAGGCUCCCAGACUCCCUACCCGACUGGGUCAGUCCUGCGCUCUCCCACUCCUGCUCUCGGCCCUCUGCUGUUGACAGCUCUGUCCCAAGUCUUUCCUCCAGGGCCUCAGCACAGCCUCAGGUGUACCUUCAGUUCAGCCGCUUGACCCUGCAGGGUGGUUUGGGGUCACGGCCAGUCCCUUUCAGCCAGCCUUGUGCAGAGUUAGACCCUGGCCCUGGCCCCAGAACCACACCAUCUCCAGGGUGGCUUCAUAGUCAGGCUCUUGUGGAGGGACCGGAAAUGGAAAGGAGGGAUUCAGCAGCCAUCAAGACUGUUCCAGAAUGCGACCCGUGUCCAGACAGAGCCACGAACCCCCUGAACAAGGAGCUGAACUGGGCCAGCAUCAACGGUUUCUGUGAGCAGCUCAACGAGGACUUUGAGGGGCCUCCACUUGCCACCCGGCUGUUGGCCCACAAGAUCCAGUCUCCACAGGAAUGGGAGGCGAUUCAGGCCUUGACGGUGCUGGAAACAUGCAUGAAAAGCUGCGGCAAGAGGUUUCAUGACGAGGUGGGCAAGUUCCGCUUCCUCAACGAGCUCAUCAAGGUCGUCUCCCCCAAGUACCUGGGCUCUCGGACAUCAGAGAAGGUGAAGAACAAGAUCUUGGAGCUCCUAUACAGCUGGACGCUCUGCCUGCCAGAGGAGGUGAAGAUUGCGGAGGCCUACCAGAUGCUCAAGAAGCAGGGGAUUGUGAAAGCUGACCCCAAGCUUCCAGAGGACGCCACCUUUCCCCUUCCUCCGCCACGGCCCAAGAAUGUGAUCUUCGAAGAUGAGGAAAAAUCCAAGAUGCUGGCCCGCCUGCUGAAGAGCUCCCACCCUGAGGACCUCCGGGCAGCCAACAAGCUCAUCAAGGAGAUGGUGCAGGAGGACCAGAAAAGAAUGGAGAAGAUCUCAAAGCGGGUGAGUGCCAUCGAGGAGGUGAACAACAAUGUGAAGCUGCUGACGGAGAUGGUGAUGAGCCACAGCCAGGGCGGCGCGGCGGCCCACAGCAGCGAGGACCUCAUGAAGGAGCUGUACCAGCGCUGCGAGCGGAUGCGGCCCACGCUCUUCAGGCUGGCCAGCGACACGGAGGACAAUGAUGAGGCCCUAGCGGAGAUCCUGCAGGCCAACGACAACCUCACCCAGGUCAUCAACCUGUACAAGCAGCUGGUGCGGGGCGAGGAGGUCAACGGAGAUGCAGCCGCCAGCUCCAUCCCUGGGAGUUCCUCAGCCCUGCUGGACCUCUCUGGCCUGGAUCUCCCUCCUGCAGGCACCACCUACCCAGCCAUCCCCACCCGCCAUGGUGACCAGGCCAGCCCGGAGCAGCCCAGCACCUCAGUUUCCCUGCUUGAUGAUGAGCUCAUGUCUCUGGGCCUAAGCGACCCCACACCCCCAUCUGGCCCAAGCUUGGACAGUGCUGGAUGGAACAGCUUCCAGUCUUCUGAGAGCACUGAGCCCCCGACCCCCAACACGGACAGCCGGCCCCCAGCGCAGACGCCCCUGCCUGUGAGCAGCGGGCUAGAUGACCUGGACCUCCUGGGGAAGACCCUCCUGCAGCAGUCGCUGCCCCCAGAGUCCCAGCAAGUGCGGUGGGAGAAGCAGCAGCCAGCACCCCGGCUCACUCUCCGAGACUUGCAGAAUAAAAGCAGCUGCAGCUCGCCCAGCUCCGGUGCCGCCAGCCUCCUCCACAGUGUGUCUCCAGAGCCCCCUGGGCCUCUGCCACAGCCCACGACGACCGAGCUCUCGCUGGCCAACAUCACUGUGCCCCUGGAGUCCAUCAAACCCAGCAGCAUCUUGCCGGUGACGGUGUACGACCAGCACGGCUUCCGGGUCCUCUUCCACUUCGCCCGAGACCCCCUGCCCGGGCGCUCCGACGUGCUGGUGGUGGUGGUCUCCAUGCUGAGCACCGCCCCCCAGCCCAUCCGCAACAUCGUUUUCCAGUCGGCUGUUCCCAAGGUCAUGAAGGUAAAGCUGCAGCCACCCUCGGGCACGGAGCUGCCGGCAUUCAACCCCAUCGUCCACCCCUCAGCCAUCACCCAGGUCCUGCUCCUCGCCAACCCCCAGAAGGAGAAGGUUCGCCUGCGCUACAAACUCCUCUUCACUAUGGGCGACCAGACCUACAACGAGAUGGGGGAUGUGGACCAGUUCCCCCCACCGGAGACCUGGGGGAGCCUCUAGAACAGAAGGCCUGGGGAGAGAAGGGGCAAGGGGACUGGCCACUGUCUAGCCUGGGCGGGAGGCUUGGUGGCCCAGGAUACCCUUUGUCCCUGUGGUUAUAUGCCCCUGGGCCUGGUGCUUCUCCCCUCACCCUGGUGGCCCCCAGUGACUCUUCCCCCUUCUUCCCUGUCCCCUCCCCUGCUGAACCAAACCCAGCAGGUGGCUGGGCCUGGGAUGGCACUCGGGGCUGGGGCCUGCAUCCCAGAUGCAAGCCUGGAGCCUGAAGGGCUUUGUGGCCCUGGAAGGACUUGGGGUCGUAGGGUGGAGCGUGAGUGUUGGGCAAGAGCCAGGACCUCAGACUCAGCCCCGGACCCAGCCUGGGGUGGGGUCAUCCCCGCCUGUCUCUAUGCCUUAUGGGAAGGCCCAGCCAUAACUCGGGGGGCCAAGCUGGAGCCGGGGACCAGCUCAGGCCGCCUCCAUAGGAACCGGGUGAUUGUGGGGAUGAUGCCUACACUCCCAACUGUUUGCACUCUGGUGUGUGGUUUGAUUCUGCUUUUCUUUCUGAGUAGCUCUGUGGUCACUGUAUUGGGGGGCCCUGUAGGGGGGAGCCCUACCCAUCCCCCAGUCCUCUUGGGGGCCUCCCUGCUCCUGCCUGACCCCUUUGCUGCCAGCCUCCUGAGGGGUGUAGGGCUGUGUGACCACUGGCCCAAGGGAAGGCCCAGUGUGGGGCUCCAGGGCUUCUGGCCACAGGAGGGCUGCAGCCUGCCCUGGAGUCUCGUGUCCCUCAUUCAUGGCCUCCUGUGUCCACGGGCAGAAGUGGGAGUGUGAGUGAGAGCAGGAGUAUUUAUGGAAUAAAAUGUUUUUCCUGGACCAACUGUGCUCAUGACCCUUCUGGGAUAGAGGAGACAGGAGGGGUCCAGGAAUUG